GUUUUCUUGACAAAGCCGCAUUGGAUGGCAGCAGUGUUAAAAAGCACUGUGGGUGUCAAUAUAAAGUGACGGCCAUAUUUGCCGGUGCCGCUGUUGUAAACAAAAAGUGAGAGACAGACGCUUCACUGAAUUUCGGGUCAUUUUUAUUUCUUUAAUUUACAAUGUCUUUGGGAAUGUCUUACAAACCAAACGUCCAUCAGCACAUUCCGGGAACUUCUGGGAACCAGGCUGGAAACCUUCCUUCCCCCUCAGCAGCAAACCUGGCUACAUUGCAAUCCUACAGGCCCAUUCUGAGUGACUAUGGACCUCCAUCUCUGGGAUUCUCACAGGGCUCCACCGGCAGCCAAGUGCCUCAGAACAAAUAUGCGGAGCUGCUGGCCAUCAUCGAAGAGCUUGGAAAGGAAAUCAGGCCCACGUACGCUGGGAGCAAGAGUGCAAUGGAGAGACUGAAAAGAGGGAUAAUUCACGCCAGAGGGCUGGUGCGUGAAUGCUUGGCUGAGACUGAAAGAAAUGCAAGGUCCUAGCCAUAGACGUACAUUCCUCCUUGCAAGAAGAAACUCUUUGGGGGAAAAAAACAUGCAUGGCAUUUACAAUGCAAGGAGGAAGCAAAAGAACAAAGGAUGGAGGUGCAAGCUCUUAGACAGAAAAAAAAUAUAGUAAUGCAGUUCAUAACUCCUACGAGUUCUGAAGGAUUACUUCAAUCAUGUGUGGGUUUUCUGGGAAUCAAAUGAUUUUUCUAUUCUCCGCUGUUGGGAUCUUAGUUUUGACUUCUUACGUAAAUACAUUGGUAUACGUUCAUUUUUGCAUGCGAACGGGCCCAUGGGUUAAUUGUAGACACUGCAUGGCUUGUACAGGAGUAGGUAGAUUUUUUUUUCUUUUCUUUUUUAUAGUAUUUGGUCUGGGUUUCAGACCCUUCUAAUAAAAGACUCGGUGGUGGACACGUCAAAUGCAUUGGUUCAUCUGUAAUGAGAUUGGUUUUGGUAUUACAAGAAAAGAAAAUGCUAUUACUUCUUUGUAUGUAUUUAUUACUCUGUGUAAUAAAUUGUAUUUUCAAUACAGUGGA